AUGAACGACGACGAACGGGCCCUCAUCGAGGCGGCGUUUGCUCGAGAUGGCAUUGCUCAUAAGAAGCUGGCACCGAGAAAGCGAGGCAAUAGGAAACUGGCAGAAAGAAGGCCUGCUGCUGCCGCUGUUGCUGCUGCCGCCCCCUCCCCCCUGACUCUGGCGCCUUCGUCAAGCCCGCUCUCCCUCGCUGACCGCAUCGGCAAACCUCCUCCUUUACCAGAUACUACAACUAAAGAUACACCUGACAACAAGCGCAAGCCUGCGCCUCAGCACGACCGAGGCCCCCGUCGUCAUGGCCGCGGAGACCACCAUGGUUCUGAGGGUCGCCAUCAUCACCACACCAGCGAGCCGGAACACGAUAAACCUAAACGCGCCGACGCUCCUAAGCGGUCGGAAGGCUCAAAAUCUGAAAGACACCAGCGCAAUCGCCGAGGGUCGCGGGCAAGCGACAAUGCCCGAGAUAACGACGGCCCCACCAAUGCUCCCCUCGACAAUAACCCUCUCGCGAAACACUUGGGCUUGGUACUGAACAAUAGCGAUCUCGAGAAGAAGCGAUUGCAAAUGAGGAAGAAGUUGAUGGAGAAGAAAAAGGCCAAGGAGGAAGAUAAGGAUUUAGACGAAGCGGAGAAACUAUUGGCGUCCUUGGACAUGAGUGGCAGCUGGGCCGACUUUGAAUGA